CACGACCCCGCAAGGCCGUGCGCAGUGAUGACUUGUACUAGCCAUUACUGACAAAGUAGCAUCGCCUUCACCAACUCCACGCUGGUCACAGGACGUUCGAUUCCCCAUACAGAUGGUCUUGAGUUGCAUGUGGAGGCUGUGUAAUAUUAGCGCGAGCAGUGUUUGUUGUGGUGGGCCGCCUAUAGGGGGAGGGAUAACAGGAGAGUGGGGCCGCGGGAGUUAAAAUGACGCUAUUUGGUUCCCUCCACCGCACUAUUUAUUCUCUGUGGCUCUUCCUCGCCUCCCUAGACCUUCGGCUGUCUGAGGUAGAAUGUACCAGUGCUGCAGAGAUCGACAGACACCUGGAGAUGGGUGUACAAAUGCUGGCCAAGGGACAGCUUCAUGAUGCACUCUCUCACUUCCAUGCUGCCAUUGAUGGUGACCCCAGCAACUACUUAAGUUACUACCGCCGGGCGACAGUCUACCUGGCCCUGGGUCGCUCCCGAACAGGACUGCAGGAUCUGGAUGAGGUUAUCAGACUCAAGCCAGACUUCACAGCAGCACGGGCCCAACGUGGAGGAGUGCUGGUCAAGUUGGGUCGCCUGGAGGAGGCUCAUAUAGACCUGGAGAAUGUGCUCAGAAAAGAGCCGACACAUGAAGAGGCUAAUCGUCUGUACGUGAUGAUAGAACCAUUGAAACGCGAGGUACUGGAAGCAUAUUCUAGUGUGAGGACUGGACGCUACCAUCAGGCCACCCUGCUGCUCAAGGGCAUUAUAGAGAAGUGUCCGUGGGAUGCCUCAUUACGUGAGCUGCGUGCAGAGGCUUACGAGGCAGUAGGAGACAUUAUGAGUGCCAUUGCUGAUGUGCGUGUCAUCACCAAGCUGGUUCAGGACAACACUGAGGGCUACAUGAGACUCUCAAACCUUUAUUACUCCAUUGGGGAUGUGGAACAGAGUCUGAGUGAAAUCCGAGAAUGUUUGAAGCUGGACCCUGACCAUAAGGAAUGCUUUCAGUUCUACAAAAAGGUUAAGAAGGUGAACAAGUUUAACAAUGAUGCUCAGGAGCAGUUAAAUAAUAAAGAAUAUGAGGAAUGCAUUGCCUCUGCUAAUAAGAUACUACGAGAUGAGCCAGAGGAAGAGGAGGUGCGUUUCCUGGCAUAUGACAAGUUGUGUCAGUGUAACACCCAUGUGACACCAAACCAGGCCAUCACAUUCUGUCAGAAGGCACUCAACAUAAAGGAGGAGCCAAGGCUGUACUGUGAGAUGGCUGAUGCCAACAUUGCUGAUGAGAUGUUUGAUGAAGCUGUGAGAUACUUCCAGAAGGCAUUAGAUAUUGAUGAAAAUCUACAAAGAGCAAAAGAAGGCUUAGAAAGAGCACAAAAGCUUAAAAAACAAGCCAGUAAGCGAGAUUACUACAAGAUAUUGGGAGUCAGGAGGACUGCCAACAAGAAGGAAAUCAGUAAAGCAUACAGGUCUCUGGCUCAGAAGUGGCAUCCUGACCAUUAUGACGGAGAAGAGAAGAAAAAAGCAGAGAAAAUGUUUAUUGAUAUUGCUGCUGCCAAAGAAGUACUAACAGAUGAUGAAAUGCGUGCCAAGUUUGACAAUGGAGAGGACCCCCUGGACCCGGAGCAGCAGCAGGGGGGUCCCGGUGGCCACGGCUUCAACCCAUUCCAGCACUUCCACUUCCACCAUGGGGGUUUCCCUGGUGGGGGUUUCCAGGGAGGGGGAUUCAAAUUCCACUUUAACUAGGGUUUUUCAUAGGAUUUAUAUGAGAAUGUAUUUAUUGAGUGUGCAUGGAAGUGUGAGAUAAAGUGAAUGAUUCUACAGUAUUUGUUUCCUUUCAUCAUUUCAGUAUGGCAUCAAUCUAUAUAUUUUGGCAGGGAAUUUGUGAAUUCUCAUUUUACACAUCAUGUCAUGCAUUUUCAGAUCAUUGUAAAUCAGGGAUCAUCUUCAAUAGGCUACCAUCUUUAUAGCUGACCCUCAGUGCCUUGCAUCUUUAACAAAUUUAUUUUCAUUCACUUUUCCUUGUACCAUGAGAGCAUUAUAUGAAAUUGUUAUUUGUUGAAUAUUCUAUCAUUUUAUUAUUUUUUUUCUGUCUUUUCUAUUUUGCCACAAAAUAAUCAAAGUGGCUAUGCUCAAGCUGUGGAUCCCAAGGUGCUUGAUUAGACCAAUACUCCUGUUGUUAAUUUGGAAACAGCAAUUCUAUCCUGCAUUUGACCUAAGUCAUGGCAAAACAAAGAUGUAAGAUAGGAAAACAAAAUAUUGUGUGACUAAACUGCCAUUCUAUUUUUCGGUGUGUAGCCUCCAUUCCCUGUAUGGCAGCAGAAAAGAACAGCAGCAACACCUUGAGGGACAGUGUCAGAGUAAUAAUACUUGACCCAUGCAAUAUGUGAUAUAAUUUUUACUUUAAGGUUUGUUAAAGAAAAGCUAAUCAUGACAUGGCCAUUAUACCUUUUCGGUUUUUCGAGCUUCUCCUUUGUUAGAAUCUUGACUAAAAUUCUUUGAGCUUUUUCCUAUGUUAAAAUCUUGCAUUGAUUCAUAUUCUUCAAGGUACAUGACUUACACUUGUUAUGUAAAUAAAAAGCACUAUAAAUACAA